UAAAAGCAAUUAAGAUCAUUGGCAGUUAAAUUACGUAAAUAAUAAAAUACAUUUUCACAAAUUCUAUAUUUUUUGAGCUGGUUACCCAGUAGACAAUUUUGGACUCCCAUACAAAAAUUUACUGUCCCCAUAGCCACUUCGUCAUAAGUUUUGAAGCUUGUUAUGAAAAAAAUGUAUUAUCACUAUAAAUGUUUUAGUACGUCAGUAGAAUUAAAAGUCCAUAGUUUUUAAUAAACCAAUAAAAGUCUAAGAUAUUUAAUAAUUUAAACCUUUUUUUGCCUUUUUACUGAGUGUCCCCGAUAGAGUAGCGAUAUUUUUGUCUCCCGACUUACCCAACAUAUUUAGCAAGUUAUGUAGAUAAAUGGCACCACGCCUGAUCGGACCAAUCAGGAAGUGUUUUAAGUAUCACGUGGUUGAGUUUGUGAACCCCGUGAUGCUCUAGUCACUCUGCCAGUUCGUCCGAGAGUUCGAUUGAGGUCGGGUGGUUUUAUUGUCGGUCCGCUGGGAGACUUCGUAUUUUCAAAAUAUGGCGCCAUUAACUCCAGCUGAAAAACAAAAACGAUAUAAAGAAAAAUUAAAACAAAAUAAAGAGAAAUACGAAGAGUAUAAGAAAAAAAAGAGAGAACAUUAUCACGCAAAAAAGAGACUUGUAAAUGAUUUAACACCCAAAGAAAAGUAUAAUGCUAGAGUGAUAUGGAAAUUAAGAAAGAGAAACCUAAGACAAAAAAAGAAAAAUUUGCAGAGAGUUUUAGAAGUUACACCCCCAAGUUCUCCUAUCUUACAAGAACAAGAACAAAAUCACACACCACAUGUUUCGCCAGUUCCUCAGAUUUUAAUGCAAAACCCCGAUUCGACGAAAAAGGAAAAAGGAAGAAAAAAGGUGAAAACUAAUCGGUCAAAAUUGUACAAAGAAAACUUAAAACUUAAAGAGCAAAUUGAAAAGCUUACAAAGAAGUGCGAAAAAUAUAAGAAACGUUCCCAAAGAACUGAAAAAAAUAAAAAACCUAAGGAAGAGCAAAAACUACAGCAUGAAAUCAAAUAUAAAAAGCUAAGUAAUGCUAUAAAAGAGAGAUACCAAAAUGUUACAAAAAACCGGGACAAACAACUAUUUAAAGAUAUUUUUGAUAACAUGGAAGGGCAGGCAAAAAGAGAAAUAAUUAAAGAAUCCUUGGGAUUACAAGGCCAAGUAAGAACUACUAAAGAAAUCAGGGAAAAACAAACAAAAUUGCGAAAACUAUUGCAUCAUUUUUUUCUCAGAGAUGACAUAUCAAGAGCUACAGCAGGAAAAAAAGAAACGCUAACGAAGAAUAAAACAAAAGUACAGAUAAGAUUCCUUCUGGAUAGUAUGAAAAAUUUGUAUAAAAUAUUUAAGCAAGAAAAACCAGAAACGAGAUGUUCAUAUUAUUACUUCACUAGAAACAAGCCUUUUUUCGUUAUCAAGCCAUCAGUUGAUGGUCGUGAAAUGUGUCUGUGCAAAUUGCAUGUUAACCCUACUUUGAAGGCACAGAUACUAAAAAGAAAGAGAGUUAUUCACACCGAUGACUUGAGCGUACUUAUUUCGUCCACAGUUUGUGAUAUAAAUAAGGAAGAUUGCAUGUAUGGAAAAUGCGACAAAUGUGGUAAGAACGAAGUUAAGCAUGACGUUACACGGGAUACUGAACCGAUAAAAUGGCAAGAAUGGGGCAGAAAACAGGAAAUAUAUGAGAAGGAGGGAAACAAAAUGAAAACAUUCAAGAACAUUAAGGAAGAGAAAGAAGGAAUACUUAAGGAGUUAAUGCUGUCAUUUAAUCAAGAAUUCAAACGAUUAAAAAAACAUGUAUAUAACAUGAAAAUACAGUUCCAAAGUUUUAGAUUGGCAAUAAGUAAUUUACAAGAAGAAGAGGCGGUGAUUGUUGUAGAUUUCAGUGAAAAUUAUGAGUGCAAAUACCAUCAAGAAAUUCAAGCGCACCAUUUCGGAGGAUCAAGGCAGCAGGUGUCAUUGCAUACAGUUGUGGUCUAUGUGCCUGGUAAAAAUAAACGCAAUAUUGAAUCGUAUUGCACUGUUUCAGCCUCAACAAACCAUCAACCCGCUGCCAUAUGGGCCCAUCUGCAUCCUGUUUUGACUGAUAUUCGCAAUAAUUUUCCACUUAUUAAGACUGUGCAUUUUUUCAGCGAUGGACCUUUUAGCCAAUAUAGGCAGAAGCAGAACUUUUAUCUUAGCUCGACGAAAACAUUCGAUUAUGGUUUUUCGGCAAUGACGUGGUCAUUUUUUGAAGCAGGUCACGGGAAAGGCCCCGCUGACGGCAUUGGUGGUUUUCUUAAAAGAGCGGCCGACAACAUUGUCGCGACUGGACGAGACAUAGUGUGUGCAGAACAAUUUUAUGAAGCAGUAAAGGAUAUGAGUAAGAUCAAACUUUUUUUAAUUUCUUCACAAGAAAUAGAAAGCAUUAAGAAUCAAUUGCCGAAAAAUAUUACACCUUUAAUGGGAACUUUACAUGUUCACCAAGUAUUCACUACAGUUCGAGGUGAGUUGCAAUAUAGAAAUUUAAGCUGCUUUUGUGACAGAGGCUUUUGUUUCUGUCUUAAACCUAAAACGUAUCGUCCAGUCACAAUUCCUGUUUCUGUUGAAACAGAAAAUAUUUUAAUUGAAAGCCUUGUUUCAUCUGAUGAUGAUACUCCUCUGAGUAACUACAAAAAAUGUUCCAAAACUCCUCUAAAGGAGGUGAAACUAAAAGAUCUAGCUAUGCCACGUGGCAAAAAAAUUUAUGAUAUCGUAUAUAAUACGCCUAACAUUUCUGAUGAUGACCAAGAACCAUCUACUUCCGGACUUAACAAAGAAAAUUGCCAAAUUUCCUGUGGAGAUUUUUUAAUUGUCAACGUGCACGCUACGAAAGGGAAAAUUUUCAAAUAUGCUUGUGUUGUUAAUAACCUUGAUGACGAUGGUGAUAUAUUCGUGACAUUUCUAAGGAAUGUCAAACAUGCCCAACUUUUUCGUUUAGACAAGACAGACGUAUCUUUUAUAGAUUAUAGAGAUAUUGUUCAAAUUCUUGAGAAACCCACAACUAAAGUUAAACGUGAUCAAACAUAUUACGAAUUUAGUAAAGCUAUAGAUAUUUUUGAAAUGUGAUAAUAUAGUACCUAGUGAUCUCAUAAUUCAAGUCAUUUUAAUACUUAAACAUUCUGUUAAAUGUAUCUUUUUAUUAUUGUUAAGUAAUAAUAUUGUUAAGUAAGAUUGUUAAGACUGUUACACGUAAUAAAAGUUAAACUUGUAUUUUGUUAAUGCUAGUGAGUCAAUUUUUUAUGUAGUUGUAAGUUGUGUCUCCUGAGUCACACUUUUGUCUUCUGACAAACUCAAUUGUCCCCUUAUUAGUGUGGUGAUUUUUGCAUACUACUGCCAUAACCAGCAUUUGUGCAUAAUUGUUUUUAUUAAUAAUGUUUUUAUUUUAUAGGAGAAGUAUUCCUACUUUUUGUUUUGAUUCUGUGAUAAUUUGUUUUAAAAAUAUGACAAAGUUCUGUAUUGAUUUUUUAAAUAGUGACUCCAGAGACGUGAUAUCGGAUUAUUCCGAAAACCCCUUAAUAGUUUUUAAGCAUUUCAAGACUGAUAACUAUUAGUUUUGUGCAUCUCUUAAAAUAAAAGUAAUUAAAUUAACAAUUUCAUGUGUUUUCUUUGAUUAAAAUAUCAGUAACCCAGGGGACGCAGAAUGUGACCUAUAUCUGUUUUUAGUCUAAUAUCUGGCUUAAAUUUACUUAAAGAUCGUGCCCUAUCCUGAAAAAUUAAAGAAGUAUAUGUAAGGUUACUAAAUAAUCUAAUUAAACAAUGGAAACGUGACUAUUAUUUUUCGUAAAAAUUUU